AUGGGUAAAUUUGUUUUCCCCCUUCUGAAGUAUAUAAAUGAAAGAAGUUGUUUCUUUUGAGCUACAAAAUAUACAACUGAAGAGCCCAGAUCAUCUUAAAGGCUUAUCUGUCAAAGCCUAAAUUCGUAAAGCAUCGGAUAUAAAAAGGUUAUGAAACAACAGAAAAUGACUCUAGGAAUGGUGUCUCUUCUUCCAUGCCUAAUCACAUUGUCUAUCUUUAAACAGGCAGCCAUCGCCUGUUCACAUGUCGAGAGGACAAACUUUUGGACGGGGGAGACCAGAUGCUGUAUCUAUGUCGAAUGUCAACCAAAUUUUUACGUGAAAGAAUGUGAAGUUGACAACACUGCGGACACCUGUGAGCCCUGCCCCGCGGGGUCCUUCAUGUUUGACCGCACGGACUCUCACUUUCCAUUCCAGUGCCGUAGAUAUUCAUGCCCGCCCGAAGCAAGACCGAAAAGCUCUUUCUCAGAGAAAGGUUGUAAGUUGCCUUGUGAAUGUGACGAAAGUAGAGGAUAUAUUGGCGAGGAUCCAUGCUUAUGCAGAAAACGGGCGCGGUCUUUUCUAUUACAAACACUCCAUAGAAAAUGAUGAAAGCAUAGCUUGCAAAGCCCACAGUCUGAUCUGCCAGUAAUUAAAUACAAAUGUGUUCUAUUGAUAUUAAUUUUAAACUAUAUACAUGUACAUACCUCUAUAUUGAACUGUUAGAUGUAUUUGUAUUUAUUCUUAAAAAUAAAAUGGCAUUUUUUCUUUUAUAAAAUCUUGCGGAAAAA